AUGCCACAAAACAAUCCAAACCCCACGAGCGGCAGCCUCAACACCCAAGCUGUCGAACCCAGGCCCGGUCACGAGGUCCCGUCAAUCGCCGUGCCGGGGCAGACAAAGACGCAGCAUAACGUCACCGUGGUACCAGGCACCGAGAAUGCACCUAGGAGGGAGAUUGGAGAGCAGGCGCCGAGAAAGAAGAGAUUGGUGGGUUUUCCCUUCUUCCUUGCCCCGCACUCUCGUAAUUGAGCUUUGAACUGACGAUCCUGUUUUCAAGAGCUUCGGCGGCGGUAACGACGGCCGUGGAAGUCCCAUGUUCGCCAAUCUCGAGAGCGCCCGGGCGAAACAUCUGGCGAGUGGGUACGACGACCAGAAGCCUCCGGAUGGCUUCAUCGGCGCUGCCUUCAAGAGGUUUAUUACCGGCAAUCCUAGGGCGGAAACAAUUGUCCACCGUAGCAAGUGA